AGCGUGUCUGCGGCGGCGGCGAGGUGGCGGAUCAAAGCGUUUGUGUUUUGGUCGCUAAGUCGUGUGUCCGACUCUUGCAACCCCGGGGACUCUAGCCGGCCAGGCUCCCCAGUCCAUGGGAUUUCCCAGGCGAGAAUACUGGAGUGUUUCUGGGAAGAAGAAACAUGGAGAGUGGUGCGGUCCUGCUAGAAUCCAAGUCCUCCCCAAUCAACCUCCUGCAUGAGAUGCACCAGCUCCGCCUGCUGGGUCACCUGUGUGACGUGACCGUCAGCGUGGAAUACCAGGGCGUCCGGGAGGAAUUCAUGGCCCACAAGGCAGUGCUGGCAGCCACCAGCAAGUUUUUUAAGGAAGUGUUCCUUAACGAGAAGACUGUGGAUGGUGCCAGGACUAACGUCUACUUAGACGAAGUGCAGGUAGCCGACUUUGCUUCCUUUCUUGAGUUUGUCUACACGGCCAAGGUACAGGUCGAGGAAGACCGGGUACAGCGCAUGCUGGAAAUGGCGGAAAAGCUGAAGUGUUUGGACUUAUCCGAAACUUGUUUUCAGCUGAAGAAGCAGAUGUUAGAGUCGGUACUUUUGGAGUUGCAGAAUUUCUCAGAGUCUCAGGAGGCAGAAGGGAGCAGCGGCACCCAGGUUACGGCUGCUCUCGCCCCUGAGGCCUGGGCAGGGGUGGCCCCUGAUGGCCCUCUGGCCAAUGGGGUUGCCAGUUCUUUGGAUCCCCCAGCAGAGAGAAUCAGCAAUGGCCUGUUGCCAGAUCUGACCCCGAGGAAGUCCAGGGAGAAGCCAGACAAGAGGAAAGAGGUGGCUAAGCCCCCCUACCCCAAGCUCAGAAGGGCCAGUGGGCGGCUGGCGGGGAGGAAGGUGUUCGUGGAAAUCCCUAAAAAAAAGUACACGCGCCGACUCCGGGAGCAGCAGAAGAGUGCUGAGCAGGACAUGGGGGGCUGCGGGGGCCCCCGGGAGCCCAGCCCAGAAGCCCUGGAAACCGAGAAAGAAGCAAUCACGAAGGACGAGGACAGCGAGGCUGGGGCAGGGGCGGAGGCCGCGCCACCCAAAGUGGGGCGAGGUGAGGAGGGGGACGAGGAGGAGGAGGGAGAAGAGGGCCCGGGUCGGCGGAGGAGCAACUUCCAGUGUACGCGCUGUGAGAAGGCCUUCUUGUACGAGAAGAGCUUCCUGAAGCACGUGCGGCUCCACCACGGCAUGGCCACCGAGGUGGUGCACCGCUGCGACACCUGCGGCCAGACCUUUGCCAACCGCUGCAACCUGAAGGGCCACCAGCGGCACGUUCACAGCAGCGAGCGCCACUUCCCGUGCGAGCUGUGCGGCAAGAAGUUCAAGAGGAAGAAGGACGUGAAGCGGCACGUGGUGCAGGUGCACGAGGGCGGCGGCGAGCGGCACCAGUGCCAGCAGUGCGGCAAGGGCCUGAGCUCCAAGACGGCGCUGCGGCUGCACGAGCGCACGCACACCGGCCACAAGCCCUACGGCUGCUCCGAGUGCCCGGCCACCUUCUCGCAGCCCUCAGCCCUCAAGACCCACCUGAGAAUUCACACGGGGGAAAAACCUUUUGUCUGUGAUGAAUGUGGUGCAAGAUUCACUCAGAACCACAUGCUGAUUUAUCAUAAAAGGUGUCACACAGGUGAGAGGCCUUUCAUGUGUGAAACGUGUGGCAAGAGUUUUGCUUCCAAGGAGUAUUUAAAACAUCACAAUAGGAUCCAUACUGGGUCCAAACCCUUUAAAUGUGAAGUUUGUUUCAGGACUUUUGCUCAGCGGAAUUCACUUUACCAGCAUAUCAAAGUCCACACAGGGGAGCGGCCAUACUGCUGUGACCAGUGCGGCAAGCAGUUCACGCAGCUCAACGCCCUCCAGCGCCAUCACCGGAUCCACACAGGGGAGAAGCCGUUCAUGUGUAACGCGUGCGGGCGGGCGUUCACCGACAAGUCCACGUUGCGGCGGCACACCUCGAUCCAUGAUAAGACGACUCCAUGGAAGUCCUUCCUGGUCAUCGUGGACGGCUCCCCGAAGAACGGCGACGGCCACAAGACUGAGCAGCCUGAUGACGAGUACGCGCCGUCCAAACUCUCCGAUAAAUUGCUGUCUUUUGCAGAAAAUGGCCAUUUUCACAACCUGGCCACCCUCCAAGGCAGCAUGCCUGCCAUGCAUGAGGACAGCCCUGCAGACCCAGCCUGCAAGUCCGACGGCCCUGUGGGGUCCCAGGACACGCUGCUGGCCACUGCCAUCAGUGAGCUUAGUGAGCUGACACCACAGACAGAGCCAGGCCCACAUAGCUCUGCUCUCUGACCCACGUGGACUGGAGCGGGGUCACCUGCCUGGAGGGUUCCAGCCUGCACUUGCACGGGAGGGCUGGAUGUGAGCUUUCGUCAGGGGCUAAGAACUGCAGGCCAAGAAGCAGGCAAGGAUGGCUUCCACAGUUUUCUGAACUGCUACUUGCACGUCGCUAUCAAGUCACUUCUCAAGCUUUCCCUUAGAAAUCCUGACCCGCAUGACCUCAGCCACACUUCAUCAGCAAACAAGGCAGUUAGCGUCGCCUCACUGACUUCUGGUGGCAGCGCCCUGAUGCCCAGCAACCCUGACACUCACAAGGCCACGGUUACUGCUCAGCUUAGUCAUGGGGCAGAGUGCCAACCCUGCUCCUGGAGCUGUGUACCGGCUUGCUGCCUUAGGCUUUGUGUAGGUUUGUUUCUGAUACUUUAAAGCUAUUUUUCUACCAAGGUGAAAGAAAACUGGGACCACAUAUUUAUUUUCAGCUGUUUCUUUCCUGUCAAACUGAAGCCCAUCAGAGAUGCUCUGGGCUGAAGAGAUGAACGACAGCACUUGGCCCCCACCCUGCUUGUAGGCACUAAACCGAACACUUGCCAGGUAGCUGCUCAUAGCACACAUGCAACUAGGAAGUUGGUCAUUAAAAUGACUUGAAGUGAAAUGUGGCCAUCAGGUUUCCUUCCUAAAAACCCAAUUAGGUAAAAGCUGUCCUACCAAAGACUAGCAGAAAACAGUGGAGUAGUUUUCGCAAAGAGGUGUGAAAAAAGCCAGGGGCUGAGAACACUUGAAACAUAGUGUAGUUAUUUUAUCCAUAAGCAGCAAUGCAGUGGUUGUGGCAAAUCUAAGAACACAAGAGUAUUGGUAGUUUUGCUAGACUUUUUUGACUUCAUUUCUGUGAUUUUCAGAAACCCAGUGUUUUUCAUUAAUGCGUGAGGAGCCUGACACAGGCAAGUCACUGACACACGUUCCCCUGGGAGCAUGAGCAGAUUGGGCAGCAGGGACCAAGCGCCUCUGCACGCUCCUUCCUCUCUGAUUAGCCUUAACAGUGGACCAUGGAAUGGCCAGCCUUGUCUUAAAUGUGCCUGUCUCACACUGGCCACUCUUGCCUAAGUGGCAUUUGCAUCCCGCCCCAGCCUGGUUCUUGACCCACUGGCAAGGGCGGUUCACCGUGUGCACAGUGCUUUGACUCACAGGUGACCCAGAUCAAAAGCAAAGAAUUCCUCUGUCACUAGUCGCUCUUUUUCUUAAAUUUUAAUUUAUUAAACUUGCUGUGAAAACACUCAUUUUCUAAGAGAAAGGUACUGUAUGUUUAAGUCCAAGAUGGAGACACAGGUGCACGAAACACCAGAGGAAGACCCAAGAUGCUUUCUUCCCCAUGAAACGCUGACAGUGCCCCGGGGGGCUGACAGGCCACACGCCUGCUCCUGGGGUACUGAGUCCCACGCGUCUCCUGCUGUGACAGCAACACCCUCUUGUAUUUACAGAAGUUAUUUUCACACGUUUCCUCUCAACAGAACGAACCUGCCCACUGAUGAACUGUUUUAUGGGAUAAAGUCAUCUUAACGAGAAGGAAUUUAAAUAAUAGAUU